CAGUUAAACCUGCUGCCCCCCCAGAAACGGCACAGUGAGGGCUCAGCCAGGGACGAGCAAUGGGCACAUUAACCUUACUGCUGUGGACCGUGACUGGAGCUGCCCUGCUAAACCCAGCGACAGCACACGAUGGGCCUGUUGUGCAGACUAAAUUAGGAGCUCUAAAAGGUGAGUAUGUGACGGCUAAAGGGAAGGACACAGUCGUACACAGCUACCUGGGAGUGCCGUUUGCAAAGCCACCAUUGGGUCCUUUGAGGCUCGCCCCACCUCAGCCUGCAGAAGCAUGGGAAGGAGUGAGAGACGCCACACAGCAGCCACACUUCUGUAUACAAAACAGGAGAGGCAUUAUGAAUCUCUUAGAAAAAACAUUUGCGACCAUGGAAGUUCCAGAAGUGUCAGAGGACUGCCUCUACCUCAACAUUUACACACCCUCUACACCUGGUGAAAAUACCAAACUACCUGUCAUGGUUUGGAUCCAUGGAGGAGGAUUUAUCUUAGGUGGAGCCUCAUUGCAAGACGGAAGUGUGUUGGCGGCCUAUCAGAAUGUGGUUGUAGUGAUCAUCCAGUACAGGCUUGGCUUAUUUGGAUAUUUCAGCACAGGAGAUGAACAUGCUCCAGGAAACUAUGGUCUCCUGGACCAGGUGGCCGCACUUCACUGGGUCCAGGAGAACAUCCACAGCUUUGGAGGCGAUCCUGGAGCAGUCACCAUCUUUGGGGAGUCUGCUGGAGGAGUUAGUGUGUCUUUACAGAUUCUGUCACCAAUGUCUGCUGGUCUCUUCCAUUUUGCCAUAGCAGAGAGUGGCACUGCAGCAAUGGGUGCAUUAAUGACUGACAAUCCUUUACCAAUGGCUCAGCAAGUGGCUAAUGCUUCUGGCUGUGAUAUCUCCAGCACAAAGAAGAUGGUUGAUUGUGUUAUGCAGUUGUCAGCGGAGGACAUUCUGAAGACUACCCAAAGGAUGGCAGUCUCCUUCCUAGUGACGAAGGAUGGAGAGUUUCUUCCCAAAUCUGUGCAUGAACUUCUUCAGAAUAAGGAGUUCAAAAAAGUGCCCUUCAUUGUAGGUGUAAAUGAUGAUGAGAGUGGCUAUACAUUAAUGGAUUUCCUUGCUUCACCAGGGUGGAUUGACGGAAUGAACAGAGAGCAAGUUGCGUCAGCUUUGCCUUACUUUUUUCCUGAUCCCAGUGAGAAAUGGGUUCAUGAAGUAGUGCUGAAUGAGUACCUGGGCUCCACGGACGAUCCGAUCAAAAUCCGAGAUGGAGUAAGAGAGAUGUAUGGGGACUUGAUGUUUAACAUUCCUGCACGCAAACUGGCAAAAUACCACAAAGGUUCCGGAGCACCAGUUUUCUUGUAUGAAUUCCAGCAUACUUACAGUGAGAUCAAGAAGAGGAGGCCCAGCUUUGUUGGGAGUGACCAUGCUGAUGAACUUCAUUUUGUUUUUGGUAGCUGCUUUGCCAACGCCCACAUUAAGAUUUCUGGUCAGUUUACAGAAAAAGAGAAUGAACUAUGUAGAACUAUGAUGCACUAUUGGGGGAACUUUGCUCGCACUGGAUCUCCAAACGGGCCCGGCCUGACACCAUGGCCUGAGUACGGAACUGAAGCGGAGUAUCUAGGCAUUGGGCUGGAGCAGAAAGCUGGCAAGAAUCUAAAGGGAACGCACUACACGUUCAUGACCGAGACGCUUCCACGCUUGAUACGAGAGAAGAAGAAGGGGCCUGUUGUGCAGACUAAAUUAGGAGCUCUAAAAGGUGAGUAUGUGACGGCUGAAGGGACGGACACAGUCGUACACAGCUACCUGGGAGUGCCCUUUGCAAAGCCACCAGUGGGCCCUUUGAGACUCGCUCCACCCCAACCUGCAGAAGCGUGGGAAGGAGUGAGAGACGCCACACAGCAGCCACGCGUAUGCAUUCAACACAGGGCACUGCUUGUAGGUUUUGCACAACAUUUUCUUAUGAACUUUGAAGUCCCUGAGAUGUCUGAGGACUGCCUCUACCUCAACAUUUACACUCCCUCUGAACCUGGCAAAGAUGCCAAAUUACCUGUCAUGGUUUGGAUCCAUGGUGGAGCAUUAGCCUUAGGCUCAGCUUCCAUGCAAGAUGGAAGUGUGCUGGCAGCCUAUCAGAAUGUUGUUGUCGUAGUAAUCCAGUACAGGCUUGGGUUACUUGGAUUUUUCAGCACAGGAGACGUACAUGCCCCAGGAAACUAUGGUCUCCUGGACCAGGUGGCAGCACUUCAGUGGGUCCAGGAGAACAUCCACAGCUUUGGAGGCGAUCCUGGAGCAGUCACCAUCUUUGGGGAGUCUGCUGGAGGAGUUAGUGUGUCUUUACAGAUUCUGUCACCACUGUCUGCUGGUCUGUUCCGCUCUGCCAUAGCAGAGAGUGGCACUGCAGCAAUGGAUGCAAUCAUGACUGACAAUCCUUUACCAAUAGCUCAGCAUUUGGCUGAAGUUUCUGGCUGUGACAUCUCCAGCACAAAGAAGAUGGUUGAUUGUGUUAUGCAGUUGUCAGAGGAGGACCUUCACAGGGUUGCUGAAACUGAGGAACUGAUCUCUGUCAAAGUGCCAAAGGAUGGACGAUUUCUUCCUAAAUCUGUGUAUGAACUUCUUAAGUAUAAGCAGUUCAACAAAGUGCCAUUAAUAACAGGUGUGACUGAUGAUGACGGUGGAUAUUUACUUAUUAAUUUCCUUCUUCGUCCGGGAUGGACUGACGGAAUCAGCAGAGAGCAAGUCAUGUCAAUAAUGCCAUUCUUUUUUUCUGGUCCCAGUGAGGUACAUGAAGUAGUGCUGAAUGAGUACCUGGGCUCCACGGACGAUCCAAUCGAAAUCCGAGAUGGUUUAAGAGAGAUGUACGGGGACUUGAUGUUUAACAUUCCUGCACGCAAACUGGCAAAAUACCACAAAGAUUCUGGAGCACCAGUUUACCUGUAUGAAUUCCAGCAUACUUACAGUGAGAUCAAGAAGAGGAGGCCCAGCUUUGUUGGGAGUGACCAUGCUGAUGAACUUCAUUUUGUUUUUGGUAGCUGCUUUGCCAACGCCCACAUUAAGAUUUCUGGUCAGUUCACAGAGAAAGAGAAUGAACUAUGUAGAACUGUGAUGCACUAUUGGGGGAACUUUGCUCGCACUGGAUCUCCAAACGGGCCCGGCCUGACACCAUGGCCUGAGUACGGAACUGAAGCGGAGUAUCUGGGCAUUGGGCUGGAGCAGAAAGCUGACAAGAAUCUGAAGGGAAAGCACUACACGUUCAUGAGCGAGACUCUUCCACGCUUGAUACGAGAGAAAACGGGGGGGCCUGUUGUGCAGACCAAAUUAGGAGCUCUAAAAGGUGAGUAUUUGACGGCUAAAGGGACGGACACAGUCGUACACAGCUACCUGGGAGUGCCCUUUGCAAAGCCACCGGUGGGUCCUUUGAGACUCGCCCCACCCCAACCUGCAGAAGCGUGGGAAGGAGUGAGAGACGCCACACAGCAGCCACGCGUAUGCAUUCAACACAGGGCACUGCUUGUAGGUGCUCUACAACACGUUCUUAUGAACUUUGAAGUCCCUGAGAUGUCUGAGGACUGCCUCUACCUCAACAUUUACACUCCCUCUGAACCUGGCGAAGAUGCCAAAUUACCCGUCAUGUUUUGGAUCCAUGGUGGAGGAUUUACCGUAGGCUCAGCUUCCAUGCAAGAUGGAAGUGUGCUGGCAGCCUAUCAGAAUGUUGUUGUCGUAGUAAUCCAGUACAGGCUUGGGUUACUUGGAUUUUUCAGCACAGGAGACGAACAUGCCCCAGGAAACUAUGGUCUCCUGGACCAGGUGGCAGCACUUCAGUGGGUCCAGGAGAACAUCCACAGCUUUGGAGGCGAUCCUGGAGCAGUCACCAUCUUUGGAGAGUCUGCUGGAGGCAUUAGCGUGUCUUUACAGAUUCUGUCACCACUGUCUGCUGGUCUGUUCCGCUCUGCCAUAGCAGAGAGUGGCACUGCAACAAUGGGUGCAUUAAUGACUGACAAUCCUUUACCAAUAGCUCAGCAUUUGGCUGAAGUUUCUGGCUGUGACAUCUCCAGCACAAAGAAGAUGGUUGAUUGUGUUAUGCAGUUGUCAGAGGAGGACCUUCACAGGGUUGCUGAAACUGAGGAACUGAUCUCUGUCAAAGUGCCAAAGGAUGGACGAUUUCUUCCUAAAUCUGUGUAUGAACUUCUUAAGUAUAAGCAGUUCAACAAAGUGCCAUUAAUCACAGGUGUGACUGAUGAUGACGGUGGAUAUUCACUUAUUAAUUUCCUUCUUCAUCCGGGAUGGACUGACGGAAUCAGCAGAGAGCAAGUCAUGUCAAUAAUGCCAUUCUUUUUUUCUGGUCAAAGUGAGAAAUGGGUACAUGAAGUAGUGCUGAAUGAGUACCUGGGCUCCACGGACGAUCCAAUCGAAAUCCGAGAUGGUUUAAGAGAGAUGUACGGGGACUUGAUGUUUAACAUUCCUGCACGCAAACUGGCAAAAUACCACAGAGAUUCUGGAGCACCAGUUUACCUGUAUGAGUUCCAGCAUACUUACAGUGAGAUCAAGAAGAGGAGGCCCAGCUUUGUUGGGAGUGACCAUGGUGAUGAAAUUAAUUUUGUUUUUGGUAGCUGCUUUGCCAACGCCCACAUUAAGAUUUCUGGUCAGUUCACAGAGAAAGAGAAUGAACUAUGUAGAACUGUGAUGCACUAUUGGGGGAACUUUGCUCGCACUGGAUCUCCAAACGGGCCCGGCCUGACACCAUGGCCUGAGUACGGAACUGAAGCGGAGUAUCUGGGCAUUGGGCUGGAGCAGAAAGCUGACAAGAAUCUGAAGGGAAAGCACUACACGUUCAUGAGCGAGACUCUUCCACGCUUGAUACGAGAGAAAACGGGGGGGCCUGUUGUGCAGACUAAAUUAGGAGCUCUAAAAGGUGAGUAUUUGACGGCUGAAGGGACAGACACAGUCGUACACAGCUACCUGGGAGUGCCGUUUGCAAAGCCACCAGUGGGCCCUUUGAGACUCGCCCCACCCCAACCUGUAGAGGCAUGGGAAGGAGUGAGAGACGCCACACAGCAGCCCCGCGUAUGCAUUCAACACAGGGUGAUACUUGAGGUUGUUUUUCAACACUUCUUUAAGAACUUUGAAGUCCCUGAGAUGUCUGAGGACUGCCUCUACCUCAACAUUUACACACCCUCUAAACCUGGCGAAGAUGCCAAAUUACCUGUCAUGGUUUGGAUCCAUGGUGGAGCAUUAGCCUUAGGCUCAGCUUCUAUGCAAGAUGGAAGUGUGCUGGCAGCCUAUCAGAGUGUUGUUGUCGUGGUAAUCCAGUACAGGCUUGGGUUACUUGGAUUUUUCAGCACAGGAGAUGAACAUGCCCCAGGAAACUAUGGUCUCCUGGACCAGGUGGCAGCACUUCAGUGGGUCCAGGAGAACAUCCACAGCUUUGGAGGUGAUCCUGGAGCAGUCACCAUCUUUGGGGAGUCUGCUGGAGGAGUUAGUGUGUCUUUACAGAUUCUGUCACCACUGUCUGCUGGUCUGUUCCGCUCUGCCAUAGCAGAGAGUGGCACUGCAGCAAUGGAUGCAAUCAUGACUGACAAUCCUUUACCAAUAGCUCAGCAUUUGGCUGAAGUUUCUGGCUGUGACAUCUCCAACACAAAGAAGAUGGUUGAUUGUGUUAUGCAGUUGUCAGAGGAGGACCUUCAGAGGGUUGCUGAAACUGAGGGACUGUUCUCUGUCAAAGUGCCAAAGGAUGGACGAUUUCUUCCUAAAUCUGUGUAUGAACUUCUUAAGAAUAAGCAAUUCAACAAAGUGCCAUUAAUCACAGGUGUGACUGAUGAUGACGGUGGAUAUUCACUUAUUAAUGCCCAUCUUCCUCCAGUAUGGACUGAUGGAGUCAACAGAGAGCAAGUCAUGUCAAUAAUGCCAUUCUUUUUUUCUGGUCCCAGUGAGGUACAUGAAGUAGUGCUGAAUGAGUACCUGGGCUCCACGGACGAUCCAAUUAAAAUCCGAGAUGGUUUAAGAGAGAUGUACGGGGACUUGAUGUUUAACAUUCCUGCACGCAAACUGGCAAAAUACCACAGAGAUUCUGGAGCACCAGUUUACUUGUAUGAGUUCCAGCAUACUUACAAUGAGAUCAAGAAGAGGAGGCCCAGCUUUGUUGGGAGUGACCAUGCUGAUGAACUUCAUUUUGUUUUUGGUAGCUGCUUUGCCAAUGCCCACAGUAGGAUUUCUGGUCAGUUCACAGAGAAAGAGAAUGAUCUGUGUAGAACUGUGAUGGCCUACUGGGGGAACUUUGCUCGCACUGGAUCUCCAAACGGGCCCGGCCUGACACCAUGGCCUGAGUAUGGAACUGAAGGGGAGUAUCUGGGCAUUGGGCUGGAGCAGAAAGCUGGCAAGAAUCUGAAGGGAAAGCACUACACGUUCAUGACCGAGACAGUUUCACGCUUAAUACGAGAGAAAAAAGAUGGACCUGUUGUGAAGACCAAAUUAGGAGCUCUAAAGGGUGAGUAUUUGACGGCUAAAGGGAAGGACACAGUCGUACACAGCUACCUGGGAGUGCCGUUUGCAAAGCCACCGGUGGGCCCUUUGAGACUCGCCCUACCCCAACCUGCAGAAGCAUGGGAAGGAGUGAGAGACGCCACACAGCAGCCACACAUGUGCAUACAAAAUAGGCAAAUGCUUGCAGACCUUCUUGCGAAUUUUAUACUGAGAGUAGAACUUCCUGAAAUGUCGGAAGACUGCCUCUACCUCAACAUAUACACUGCUGCAAAACCUGGUGAAGAUGCCAACUUACCAGUCAUGGUUUGGAUUCAUGGUGGGGGACUGAGUAUGGGCUCUGCAUCAAUGUAUGAUGGAUCAAUUUUGUCUGCAUACCAGAAUGUAGUAGUUGUGCUGAUACAGUACAGACUGGGUCUGUUAGGUUUCUUCAGUACAGGGGAUGAACAUGCACCAGGAAACUAUGGUCUUCUGGACCAGGUGGCAGCACUUCAGUGGGUCCAGGAGAACAUCCAUAACUUUGGAGGUGAUCCAGGAUCAGUCACCAUCUUUGGAGAGUCUGCUGGAGGAGCCAGUGUGUCAUUUUUGCUUCUCUCUCCCUUGUCUGCUGGUCUGUUCCAUCGUGCAGUUGCACAGAGUGGCUGUGCUACAAUGGCACGCAUCGUAGCGGAUCCCUUGCCAGUAGCCCAGCAAGUGGCUAAUGCAUCAGGUUGUGACAUCAGCAGCACACAGAAAAUUGCUGAGUGCAUAAAGCAGUGGUCAACAGAGGACAUGAUAACAAUUUCCAAAGAGCAUUUUAUGCUGCACUUUGUGGUGACAGAAGAUAAAGCAUUUCUUCCCAAGCCUGUGGAGGAGCUCCUUCAAAACCAGGAGUUCAGCAAAGUGCCUCUCCUGAUUGGCAUAAAUGAUGAUGAGUAUGGUUGGAUGAUGCCCAGUUUCAUUGGACCUCCAGGAUGGGCUGAUGGAAUGGAUAGAGAGCAAGUCCUUUCAUCAGUGGCCGCCUUUAUGCCUGAUGUCAAAAAACAAUGGAUCAAUGAACUGAUAGCAGAUGAGUACCUGGGCUCGUCUGCUGACCAGAUCAAAAUUCGUGACAGUUACAGAGAGAUGAUGGCAGAUAUCAUCUUUAACAUUCCUGCUCUCAAGCUAGCAAAAUUCCAUAAAGGUGCUGGUGCGCCAGUUUACCUGUAUCAGUUCCAGCAACCUCCCAGCUUUAUUCAAGCACAGAGGCCCAGUUUUGUCAGGACUGAUCAUGGAGAUGAUCUUUUCUUCGUUUUUGGCUUGUGCUUUGGAAAUGCCCAUGUCAAAACAACGGCCUCUGUCACAGAGAUAGAGAAAGAACUGUGUAGAACUGUGAUGGCCUACUGGGGGAACUUUGCCCGCACUGGAUCUCCAAAUGGGCCAGACCUGACACCAUGGCCUGAAUAUGGUGCUGAAGCUGAGUAUCUGGGCAUUGGGCUGGAGCAGAAGCCUGGCAGGAACUUGAAGGCCAAACGUUACAUCUUCAUGACUGAGAAGCUGCCAGAGCUGGUGCGCUCGGCUCAGGAGAAAAGGGAGCACACUGAGCUAUAGAUGUCACUGAAGAUUCCUAUUAGAGUGAAGAACUAAAUGUUUGUCAAUCUUUGACAAUGAGCAAAUCUAAACAUUCUAAAAAGAUCAAAUCUAAAUAUUUUAAUUAAAAAAAACAAAAACAA